AUGGCCCCUCGGCGGCCCCGUUCAAUAUCGCAUGCAUCACAAACAAACCUGCCGAGACGUAACCACGAACCUUUACCGCGACCACCAACGCAACCGCCCCAGCCCAGUCCGAGCGCGGGUUUGGGAAUGAGCGCGGCUUCACGAUAUCAACACAAUCUGAAGGUCUUACGGAGACGAGAUCCGAGUAUAGUGUCCAUUUUCGACCAGUUCAGUCACGUAUGUCUGUAUCACCACAAUGGGAAGGCCUGGGAGAAGAAGGGUUUUGAGGGGAGUAUGUUCUUGUUCGAGCGAGAAGCAUAUCCUCCGUAUGGGUUCUACAUCCUGAACAGGAUGGGCAUGGAAGACUACAUCCAACCAAUGUAUCCCGAAGACGACAUGGAAAAGCAGGGAAACUUCCUCCUGUACCGAUCAUACCCUGACUAUACUGCCAAACGCCUCGGCGUUUCCCCCUCUUCAUUACGCACGACGUCAGAAAACUUUUCUAUUCCAGAGGAGGAUAGAGAAGAUCGAGAGUCCCUCUUGAAUGGCACGGAUAAGAAACGGGGCAGCUGUCUGACGGUUGGCUUCUGGAUGCACGCGACUGACGCGCGUGAGCAUCUCACGGAUGUAAUGUUACAUCCCUAUGUUCAAAAAGAACUAGUGUACCCUCAAGAAUAUCGACAUGGCCCUGAUAGACCUCCAGGGGAGAAGGUAUCGCCUGAACUCAAACAUUUAAUUGCUGCAGCUGGUCUACGGCUGUCCGACGGUGCGAGAAACGGAACUACGCAGACGCCCUCCCAGCGGUCGCAGCAACCGUUCUCCACCGAUUACCCCCAUUCUCACCCUCAGCCCCAACCCCAGCCUCAGUCGCAACCUCAAACUUCGGGCAUGUCUGUCCUAGACCAACUUUUUGCCAAGGCCACGCCAACCGGGACUCCCUCGCAGUCAAGUUCCGAUCUUAACGGCUCUGCCUUACUAUCAUCUUUCACCCAGCCCUCGGCGCCGUCAGUUCAACCUGUAACUGGAAAAGCACUCCUGGACACCAUCUUUGCGUCUGUUGGCAACGCGAGUGCAUCUUCGUCCUCGUCGUACACGCCUAUCGCUUCCUCUUCUCAGCCUAGUUUGAACGCCCUCUUCGCGUCCGCGGUGUCUGCAAAUAAUAUAAAUCACCAAAUCUUGAACACCUCACAGUCACAAGCGCAAGGACAAUCCCAACCCACCCCGCCGCCACCUGAGAUACUCUCACCCAAGCCGACGUCAAGCACGCUGCCGCAGAUCCUCAACCAAGACGUCAUCUCGUCGUUACUCGGCCUCUCCUCUCGUGCUAGCUCAACCAGGCCCAACCACGGUUCCCGGUCGUCCUCCGCUAUGAGCGGGAGCAGCGCCGGCAGGUCUCGGAGAAGCGGGCGGUACGAGGGCGACAACGAGUCGAGCGCCGACGGCGGGAGCGUCGGGAGCGGCCCGGACGUCGUCGUCGAGGAAGCGGAGCUGGAGCUGUCCGAGAGUAGCACGGUGCUCGACGCGGAGGAGUCGGACGGCGACGUCGUAGUCACGGGGUACGCGACGCGCAACGUGGAGUAUGCCCGCGUGAAUGGCGGAGUGCCGCAACUGUCGCUGUACCCCAGCAGGAGCUCGGAUGAGGAGGGCAACUCGGGGAUAAACGGGGAUGCUACCCCCCGACCGCCCCUGCGUGGUAUGCCCACAUCACCCAGCAACGGCGAUCAUUCUCGGCCCCCGUCUCAAAUGAACGGGCAUACUGGCACGCCGCUGUCGCACCACAGGCCACCCGUCAUCUCCGCGGCGUCGUCCAGCUCGACCGUUCGCCCUCCUCCCGGUCAGCGGCCACCGGCUUUCGAGAGUUCGAACGGGCUUUGGCCGACGCCGCUGGAGCAAGAAGGCUUAGACGGGAAGGAUGAGGACGUGGUGGAACUUGACUUCGCUGAUACGAGUGCGUUGAGCGACCCCGAGGCCUUUUCGAGGCGUCUGGAGUCCAAGUCGAGGAAGAACGGGGAGAAAGGCAAGGGGAAGGGCAAAGCGAGGGAAGGCGCCCACGUUGUGGCGGAUGGCAUUGACAGACAUGACGCAGAAGUGAAGGUCAGGGACGGUGAUAAGAGGAAGAAGCCUGGCCGGAGAGAGAGGGAGAUGUUGAAGGCCCAGCGACUGCAGGCUGGCUCAUCUAGAUCAGAGUCACCGGGACCGAGCGUGGAUGGCCAAGGCGGUGCAGCCAGCCCAGCGCUUAACGGGAAGCACAGCUCGCCUCCGCAAGUCAGUGUACCGUCUAGUUCUUCGAAGAUUGAUAGCUCUGUCGCUGGGGUGUCCCUCCUCGAUGUUCUGAUGGGUCAUCCAUCUGCUUCCAAGAUACGUGACCAGGCUUCUCAGCUGGGUAGAAAAGAAUUCGUGCAGGAGUUGCUCACUCUGAUAUAUACGGACAAAGCGUUUGUAGAUAAAUUAUGGCAGGACUAUAGCGCGCGAAGUGCUUGAUUUGAGCAGUCAUGACGUUCAUUAUGAAUAUCUGCGGUUCCAACCAUUCAGAUUGACAACAAUGUAUUACCCCGCUGUCAUUGUACUCGACGAUGUUUUCUCAUACAUUUCUAUCUCUUGUGUCGCCUUCAUCUUCAUUAUUCCCCACUCAUAUCUAUACUCCCUUGCCUCGUCAAUGGCUAGUCAUACUAGCCACACCUUGUAGCACUUACUGUCGUCCAUCGUGUUUGUAUGUAUGUGUUUGAGAGAGGAGUAUUAUUCUCGUAUACAAAUUGCCUGAAGGAUUCUG